AGGAACCUUUAAACAAAACCUCUUUCUGUUUCAAUAUUAUAGACAGACACUGAGACUGUACCAUGGACACCUCCACCAGUGUUACCAACAGUUCCAAACUCCAGAUUUCCCAGUUCAUCUUGAUGGGGCUCCCAGGCAUUCAUGAGUGGCAGCACUGGCUCUCUCUGCCCCUGGCUCUACUCUACCUCUUAGCUCUCAAUGCCAACAUCCUCAUCAUGAUCACCAUUCAACAUGAGCCCAGGUUACACAAGCCCAUGUACCAGUUUCUGGGAGUAUUGGCAGUGGUGGACGUUGGCCUGGCUACAACCAUCAUGCCCAAGAUCCUGGCCAUCCUCUGGUUUGAUGCCAAGGCCAUCAGCCUCCCUGAGUGUUUUGCUCAGCUCUAUGCCAUCCACUGUUUCUUCUUCAUGGAGUCUGGUGUCUUCCUCUGCAUGGCGGUGGACAGAUACAUAGCCAUCUGUCAUCCCCUUCAAUACACCUCAACAGUCACUAAAGCUUUUGUGUUCAAAGCCACAGGAUUCAUGAUGCUAAGGAAUGGCCUCUUAACCAUCCCAGUUCCUAUAUUAGCUGCCCAGAGAAACUACUGCUCCAGGAAUAAAAUUGAUCACUGCCUCUGCUCUAAUUUGGCGGUUAUCAGUUUAGCUUGUGAUGACAUCACUGUGAACAAAUUUUACCAACUGAUGCUAGCAUGGAUCCUGGUUGGGAGUGAUAUGGUUCUGGUAUUUUCUUCCUAUGCUCUAAUCCUUCACUCCGUGCUGAAGCUCAACUCAACAGAAGCAAUGUCCAAGGCUCUGAGCACCUGUAGUUCCCACCUCAUCCUCAUCCUCUUCUUCUACACAGGUAUCAUUGUGCUGUCUGUCACACACCUUGCAGAGAAGAAGAUUCCCCUUGUCCCUGUACUCCUUAAUGUGCUACACAAUGUCAUUCCCCCUGCACUCAACCCCAUGGUCUAUGCACUCAGGAUUCAUGAGCUCAGACUCAGCUUUCAGAGACUGCUUGGGCUGGAUGAAAAGGUGUCCACGUAACUCCAUAUUUAGGAAACCAUUACGGAGUUAGAAAAUGACAGAGGUUUUAGA